GAGGCAGAAACAGAGAGUGUUUGGCGAGAGGCAGAAAGAAAGAGAAAGUGGGAGAAAGAGAGAGAGAGAGAAACUGAUUGACUAACCGACUUAGUUCCGGGGAUGGCAGACCGAGAUCCCAGCCUGCUUCCAUUCCGGAACGACCCCGAGGCGACAGCAUCCCAGCGUAAGGCAGUUCCAGGAUGGCUCUGCCCAUAGACGUCAAUAAAAGCCAAUGGACUCUAAUACAAUGCCCGUGAGGUUAAAAUCAUGGUCCUUCAACUCCCUCUGAUUUGUUGAUACUGACAAAAGAAGAAUCCAGAUGGGGUGCAAAUGCUGUAAAAUGAUUAAAAGCUACAUCUUUCAUCCCCAAGACGUGCAGACGGCUGCGUACAUCAACGAGAUAAACUAUAAACCAGAGGAGGAAGAAAGAGGGAAAUUUCACGGCAAGCAGAACAGUGACAUUCUGGGCCGUCAAAACGAAGCCCAGAUUGCUGAGGCGCCGGUAGCAGCAAACCAGUGCAGGUCCCACUACUCCAAGAAUGAUCUCUGGGGUUCCAGAAUCCCUGCUCUUCCGGAGAAAGGACUUGGAAACGCCGUAGUAAAAUGUAACGUGAAUGGGAUCCAUUCCUCCAAGAAUCUCAGCGCCCCUCCUCCUAGAACCCAACCUAAGAAGAUUAACCUGCACAGCUCUUCCACUCAGCGGCCUGAUCCUCCAGGCCAAAAGGUUUUUCAGCCCAAAACAGGUGAUAAACUCGAGUUUUUCAAUCAUGAAAAUCACCCAAAGCAAACUUUGGAAAUCUCGAAUGCCCUUUGCAAGGAGAAAGGUUUCCAGGCUAUCGACGGAACCGUAUUUUCCAUCGUGUGUGCCCUACCAGAGAUCCGAGACAAAGACUUUCGGUUGGAUAACCCAUCUUUUCUCCCCGAGGACAACCCUGCGGAGAAAGCGAGGACUGUCACGAAAGAGAACCUCUCAAACCAUCUGGUGCAAAUCAACCAAAGCACGGAAAACAUGACCGUCGUCCACCACCUGCCGUGCGGCGAGUCCGAUGAGUCCGAUGAAGGGGACGGCGUCUGGAGGAGGACGAGUCUUUUCGGCCUCUCGUUCGACGACCAAAUAGCCACCCAGAUCCUCUCUGCAAGGAACAAAGGAGAGCCGGCGUGGAAAGCCAGAUGGGACGGCCUCGUCAAGGUCAACGGAGAACUGGAAGAAGAUGCAGAAGUCGCCGAGGCCCUGGCAGCCCUGGAGGCAGCUACGGCCGGUGAAACUUUUGAAGAGGAGGAGGAAGACUAUUAGACAGCAGUCGGGGUAGUGAUGAUAAGUGUCUCUUGAACAAGAAGGAGUUGCUUCAACUUGAGAAAGCCACUUGGGAGUUCUGGGCACAGGAGGGUCAUAGCUGGUUAAAGGAAUUGACCACGUAAAAUAUACAGUAUAUCACAGGAGUACACGCCCUCGCACUUUGUAAAUAUUUAAGGAUAUCUUCCCAUGUGACAACACUGAAGAAAUGACACUUGACUACCAUGUAAAGUAGUGAGGAUACAGCUUGUAUAACAGUGGAAACGUGCUGUCCCCUCAAAAUAACACAACGCGCAGCCAUUAAUGUCUAAACUGAUGGGAACAAAAGUGAAUACACCCCUCACUGUGCCGAGGUGGCGCAGUGGUUAAAUGCAGCACUGCAGGCUACUUCAGCUGACUGCAGUUCUGCAGAUCGGCUG